AUGUCCACAAAUUGCUCAAAAUCCACUCAAACAUCAGGAAGGAGAAGGUCAAUGAGAUAUACAGCAAGUUUUAAGAAGAAAGAUAAACUCUGAGAAGUUAAUUGAGCAAAAAGGAAGGACAAUAGGUCUGUCAGAAACCAAAAGGAUACUUCCUGAUUUUAAUGGUUUAAGAAAUUUAUUCUGAGAGAAGAAAAACAAUAAUAUAGUGGAACCAUUCCCAAAAUAUUUAGUGCAGACCAGGCAAAUUCAGGUAGACUAUGAGAGCUGAGAUGAUCAAGAUGAUGCUUCUUUAAAAGCUCAAGAGAGCUCAUGGUGUGGAUAUUUUAAAAAGAGAAGAAAUUUCAAAGCUUGCAAAGGUCAAAAGAUAGGUACAACACUGUUUAAGAAUGCUCAGAUGAUAAUAGCCAUACUCUUAUUAUCGUUAAUAAAGCUAUCCGCCUGAGCAGCAAAUGCUACCAAAAGUGUAAUAACCAGCUCCAUCCCCACGACCCUAUUGCCAUUCACCCCCUCACAAUCACUCUUCAAGCUAAAUAACUCUGCUGGCACAAAUCUCACCUCCGGCGGUGACAAAUUCUACAUCACCAUCAAGAACAAAUGCACUUGGACCUCUGACUUCUCCUGCUCGCCUGCCUCUCCCCCCUCUUCAACCUUGUCCUCAGACAUAAACGACUAUAUGACCGACAAUGGGGACGGGACCUAUUCCUACACCUUCAGUGUGACCAAAGAAGGAACCAUCACGUACAAAGUUUUACUUCUAGAACAAGGGAAAGUGUCAGCGGAGUAUUAUACAAAUGGAGGCUCGUUUAUAGGAAGGAAAACAGUGGGAAAUAUCAAUUUUAAUUUUGGAAGAGGCUCAAUUUAUGGAGGAUAUAAGGAUAAUGUGGUUAUUCAUUACAGGUCGUAUCUGAAACCACCGAGAUCAGCUACGUUCAGUUUUAGUGUUAAAUAUGAUGAUUAUGGGACAGUGUAUAUUGAUGGUUCAAGAAAAACAAGCGGUGGACAGACUACGACAAGAAGCUUCAGUAUGUAUAUGCAGAAAGAUAGGCUAUAUAACGUCCAUGUUAGAUUUCAAGAUAAUAGAAAGCAUGCAUAUAUCUACUUCAAAUGGAACGGAGGAGGAGGUUAUGCUGCAGUGCAAUCUCGAUAUUUUUAUUACCCAACUAAAAUUAAAUCAGGCAAUAUCAAAGUUAAAUGUCAAUCUGGGUACAAAAUCCAAGCAUUCGAUUUGACUUCUUGCACUGAAGUAUGUGGUGAUGGUAUCCUUACUCCUAGUGAGCAAUGUGAUGAUGCAAAUACUUCCGGUGGCGAUGGCUGUGCAGGUGAUUGCCGAUCAAUAGAGUACAAUCACAUCUGUAACUAUAAUUCAAGUAUCCCUAAGCAUGUGUGAUUAUCUUGUGGAAUCUUUGGCUAUCCAAAUAUCUCACAUACUGGAAACAGUACUUGCAUUCCUUGUGAUUCAGGGUUUAGACAUCUCCCUUCGAAUCCGAACACUUGAACAGAAUUUUGUAGUGAUGGGAUCCAGACCUCUGGAGAAAUUUGAGAUGAUAAGAAUGCUGUAGAUGGAGAUGGGUGCUCAUCUGACUGUCAUUCAAUAGAAUACAACUAUAUUUGUGUUUACAAUUCAACUACUGCCAAAGAUGAAUGCACAUCAUGAGGAAUAUUUGCAUAUCCAAACACUGAAAGGGAAGCUUGUAUUCCUUGAGAGCUUGGCUUUAGACAUUUGCCUGAAUUUCCUGACACUUGAACAGAAUACUGCAGUGAUGGUAUUCGAACAUCUGGAGAAAAAUGUGAUGAUGGAAACACUUCCGACGGAGAUGGUUGCUCUGCUGAUUGAAAGACUAUAGAGGAUCAGCACAUCUGUGUCUACAACUCUACAAUUCCUCAAGACGAAUGCUCUCGCUGCCUUGAUACCGGGGUUCCUAAUACUAUUCAGAACGAAUGUGUUUACUGUAAGAUUGGCUACAUAUACAACGAGGGAACUCAGAAUGAAUGAGUUAGUGUGUGAGGAGAUGGGCUCAUCGUUGCUGAAGAAACCUGAGAUGAUGCAAACACUCUUGUAGAGGAUGGUUGAAAUGAUGAAUGCAAAGUUGAACAAUACUAUAAAUGAACUGGAUUGCCUUCUAACUGUAAGAAAGAUAUAAUAGGACCAGAUCGAGUUUUGCAGAUAAUAGGCCAAACAGUUUCUUUGUUGAUCAUUUUGGAUCUGGGCUCUCAAGUUUUACUUUCAUUUGUAUUUGGGCACAGCCUAUCUUCCAUGUGGAUGUUAAUUAAUAUCAGCCAAAUUAUUCAGUACUCAGCAAUGAUGACGCUCUAUUUUCCCAAAAUAAUCAUCACUUUCUAUAGCUACAUCGGCUUUUCUAAUUUUGAGAUUGGGAUAUUCUCUGACUUAUUCUUCAAAUUGAUUGAUGUAUCCGAGAUUGAGGGAAGAGAUCCAUUCGACUACAGAUUUCGGAACCAAGACAUUGGGUCCACUAAUAUAUUUUUGAACUGCUCAGACAUAUUUAUUACUUUGCUUCUAUUUAUUCUCCUAAACAUAUUUUAUCUCUGAAUAUCAUUAAUUUGCAGCUUGUGUGGAUGCAAAAGGCAUUCAAGCAAGGAAGAUGGAUGCUGAAGAAGAAUGACUGCUCAUUUUAGUUCUAGAGUGAACCAGUCCAAAAAUGAUUUGUUCUUCAAUUCUAUACUCAGAGUUACCUUUGAGGUAUACCUCCCUCUCUCUUUUGCCAGCAUUUAUAACCUAUACGACAUGAGACUUGAGAGUAAUCUAGACUAUUCUUCGCAAGCUCUUUCCGCUUUCUUUCUUCUCAUUUUCCUGAUUGUCCCAAUAAUCAUUCUGGUCAUCUUCUGAUGCUGAAAAGUAACAAGGUACCAGAAAUUAAAAGGAAGUUUUAAUAUCUUUUUCAAGGAUUUGAAAAUGAACAGGAAACUUGUCAUGAUGGAUCAUUUCCUGUUCAUUAUCAGAAGACUUGCUCUUUCAUUACUGCUAAUCUUUAGAUGGAAGUUUGGGUUCCAACAAGUAUGUAUUUUCAUCGCAAUCUGUUUGCUUGUGCUCCUCUGGAAGAUUAUAAUCAGACCAUUCCAGAGCAAAUUACUGAACUUCCAGGAUAUAUUGUUUGAAUUAUUCCUGCUAACGAUCAUAAUCCUGUACCUUAAUUUUAACUCUGAAUCAAGUGAAUUAUCGACUGAAGGGCUCCCUCAUAUCUCUGGAUCGAUCUGAGUUGCUCUCAUCAUUAUAAUGGUGUUGACAAACUAUGUGGUGUCCAUAAUCAUGUUCUUCAUUCAUGUCAAAUACGAAUUACUGCAGGAUUCAGAGAAGGUCAAGCCUAAGUUAACCAAGACUCAAAAUUUCGUGCCGGAUAAGACUGGAAAUAGAGAAAUCACACCAGAGACACCGUCCUUUACACCAGGAAUCCCUAACUCACGAUCUCAUGUCUCCAAUAGCCACAUGAUCAGUAACCAAGCAAAAGGAGUACCUCCAAAGACGAACAAGCUAUGCACCAAAAGGGGACAAAAAAUAACCUCUAUGCCACGUCCAUCAAGAACAGCUCCUCCUAAAAGACUCACUCAAAAGAAGCCCACCUCCAGAUCCCCUCCUGGACCUUACAGCAAAGCUGUUGUUAUGAAUACCAACAUCUAAAUUCCAGUUCAACACUAAAAA